CUUUGUUGUGUAAUCGCAGCCGCAAAAUUAAAGAAGCUGUUCAUAACUGCCACUUCGUGUUUGUCAAAAGCUGAUUGAAGGGCAGAGAGGAGUCAAGGAACGCGUUUUAAAAUGGAUCAGAGGAUGCCAGCCAACGUGACCACCUGGGGUUCAGAACCUGAAUCCACAGAGAAGGAUCUGGACUGGGGGACGAUCCUGUCCACGCUACAUGGGAUGUCUGGAGAGAGUUCCAACGCUCAGGCGGCUCUUCAGCCUGUGAAUCUGGGACACGAGUUGGUCACCGAGGCGGCCGACCCUCCGGACACCAGCGGCGCAGAGUUCAUCACUUUGGAAGUGAACGCCGAGCUGCCAAGUGAAGAAACCUCGUAUGAGUACUUUCCCCCUGAAGGUUGUGUGGAGCAGCUGGCUCCACAGGCCUCAGCUGACAACGUGUUCUACCAGCCAGGCGUGGAGGUCUACCUGCCGCGAGUGUACAUGCCGUUGUACCAGGUGGGCCCAGCGGUGUGCUACCAGAGUGACUACCAGCCAGUGGACGGCAACAUUGUGAACCCUCCAGCUGCAUCGAGCAGAGUGCGGACGCGCCAGUACGCAGCCAUGUCACAUGACUCUUCACCAAAGGCACCGACUCCAAGGUGCAAAUUACAGCGACAGUUUGGUCAGCAGAAGGAUGCACCCUACAUCAGGAGACCACCCAACGCCUUCAUGAUCUUCAUGAGGGAGAACAGAGCCAAGAUCACCAACACACUGAAGCCCAAACACAGCGUGGAAGCCAACACCAUUCUCGGAAAGAUGUGGAAGUCCAUGUCUCCGGCGGAGCAGGAGAAAUACUACCAACUUGCCGCGGUCGAGCGGAGACGCCACGCUGAGCAGCACCCGGACUGGUCCAGCAAAGACAACUACGGCCAGAAAAGGAAGCGACAGAGGACUAAAUUGCUAUAGAUACCCCCACCCGACUAACCUAAAAAACACGUCCGACAACAUGGAACAAUCUGGGCCACCCAGCACUGUGAACUAUGCUGCUUUGGAGUUACACUUGGUUUCACAUGAGUCGUCAUAAUAGUUGUUUUUGCAUGUAGCACUUUCAACGAUGAGGUCAAACUAGCUUUCUUCAUAUUGAAUUUUUUCAUUCCAUCCACUUUCUUCCCCGCGUGUCUGAGGUCGGGUUGUGGGGGCAGCAGUCAAAGAAAAGUGUCCCAGACUUCUCUCCUGCAGCUCCUCUGAGUGAACACUCAGGUGGUCUGAGGUCAACUGGGAAACCUCGUCUCUCCGUCCUGUCAUGGAUCUGUCCCGGGACUUCUCUCUAUGUUCAAGACCAGCAGCUCUACUUUGAGACUCUCCUGGACAGUCAAGCUUCUCCGAGACUCUGGUGAUGCAAACUCACGUCAGCUACUUGUACCACUGAUCUGGUGACAGUAGGAAUGUGAAGUGAGCACUCGUCUUCCUCCCACAGAGGUGGAAGCUGUAUAGUAAAAUGAGGCCUGAAUAAAACUAAACAUGAAUAAAAACUGCCUGUUUGUGAGCAAAAUGUCAAAAUGAUCAUCAGUAAUAAAAUUUUAAGUUAUGAUUCCCUGGUUUUAAGUCGUUUCCU